CGAACACUGACGGCAAGUUGCGCUGGCGCGUUGCCGGUGGGCAACCGUCUACUUGGAAGGAGUGUCCGCAGGCAGUGACGGGUGCGGGGAGCAGUGAAAUCGCUGCCGCUGUCGCUCAUACCCUCUGCCUCGUGGCCGGUUCGGUGUACCUGGGGGGGUUCCCGGCGGGGAAGUGCUCUUCACCCCCAACGGAGGGCGGAGGCGCUGCUGCGUUUACGUUGUCCUGCAAGGUGACCGCAAACAGUGCGCUGCACAAUCUGUCGAAGGGCGAAACCGUCGCCAUCAAUGAAACUGAGGAUCCACUGGGCGCGUCCGGCGAUUGUGCGUCCCCAACGUCCAGCCCUCCCGCGGCUGAAGUGCGGUCUCUACCACAACCUCAGAACCCACAGGCACCAGCCGGCCCACAGGCACCACCACAAUCGUUGCCACAACAACUGCCACCACCUCCAGCCCCUGUCAAAACUGAGCACGGGGACAAUCCAUCAGGCGUCAGUCGGUCGGUGCCUAAAGAACCCACUGCUCCUGCAGGGCUGCCGGGUACUGUGGCGGGUCUCACCGGAAGUCGGGAAUCAUCAGCAGAAGGUCGUCGGGAAACACCAACGCCAUCGGUUGACACUGCGGCUUCGCCAACACAGACAGCAAACGGGGCAGCAGAAGGACCCGGAAGUACACCAACACCUUCAACCCCCCAAGGCCGAUCUGCCACGCCCAACGCCGCCCCUCCCGCCGGCGGCAGCAAUGCAACCACCACCACAGCGGCGAUCACCCGCAGCCCGAGUGCUGCGAACGACGCGAAAAGCAACGCGGACAGCACUGCCACCAACACUCUGUUUGUGCGUGCAUCUCCGAUGUUGCUCCUCACGGCUGCCCUUGCCGCUGCCGCUGGGUAA